AUAUAAACAGAUAAAUUAUUUUAAAAGGAAAUAUUUAAUGGAUAGUUUUCCUGAUCCUGAAGAUUAUGAAGAAGAUUAUAGUCAUUAUGAGGAUCAGUAUGCUGAUGAUUUUAAACUAGUUAAUGAAUUAGAAGACGAGGAGAUCGACUUUGACAUUGAAAAAUCAAUAAAAGUAAAACCAAAAAUGUGUAAAGAUUUAAAUAUUCAAUUCUUUUGUAAUAAUGCAACAAAAACUCAUUUAACGCAAGCACAAAAGCGACAAGCAAGUGUUCUUGGUGAUUCUGAUGAAGAACCUUUAAAAUUUAGCAGUGAUGAGGAUGAUGAUCUCCAAAUAAAAGAAAAUAAUUUAAAAUCUAAGAAGCUAAAAGUCAGUGAUGAAUUUCUACAAAGCUCAAACUAUGAUGUUAAACAUUUUACAAAGAAACAUGAAAGUAUAUCUUCUUUAAUAAAUCAACUAAAAUCAAAAAAUAAUAACGAAUGUCUGGAUGAGGCAACCUCUCAAAAACAGCAUGUUUUUCGUAGACCCUUGUUAGGUGAGGAAUCAAUAAAUGUAACCAAUAUAAAUGGUGAUCGUGUGUUUCUAAGGAUAAAAUCUGAUUUUCACGAUCAAUCAAGACCAGAGUAUUCUCGCUGGCAUUCAAUAAAAAAUUGGAAUUUAUUGUCAACUCCAUUUGAACAGCUGAAGCAGGAAGUGCAAGAUAAGAAAAAAAUGAGGCUUGAGGAACAAUUAAUAAUUAACAAUUCUGCUAGAGAUGAUAACAACCAUCUUCAUUCAAAAGUUGACUUGUGGGUAGAAAAGUACAGUCCUAAAAGAUACACUGAUUUGUUAAGUGAUGAUGGAACAAACCGUAUUUUGUUAAGAUGGCUCAAAUUAUGGGAUGAUAUUGUGUUUAACAAUGGUAUUAAUAAUAUAAAAAGCCAGUCUGUUAAAAAGCAAUUUCAACAAGAGAAUAUUAGCAAAUUAAAAGAAAAUGCAACAUCUUUUCCAAAGAAAUUUGAUAUUGAAGAUGAACUUGUACUUGAUGCUAAAGGAAGGCCUAAACAUAAAGUAGCCUUACUUUGUGGAAAUCCAGGUCUAGGGAAAACAACUUUGGCACAUGUUAUCUCUUGUCAUGCAGGAUACAACAUUGUUGAAAUGAAUGCAAGUGAUGAUCGAUCCCCUGAAAUUUUUUUAAACAAAAUUGAAUCAGCAACUCAGAUGAAAGCUGUUUUAGGAGAGCAAAAAAGGCCAAAUUGCUUAGUUAUUGAUGAAAUAGAUGGUGCACCUGUACAAGCUAUCAAUACUCUUCUUGCAAUCAUUAAAGCUACAGAUGUAGGUAAUGUAAAGCAAAAAGGGAAGAAAAAACAAAAAAAGCAGUUGAUAUUAAAUCGACCAAUAAUAUGCAUAUGUAAUAAUCAAUAUGUACCAGCAUUGCGUGAGUUGAGAAAGGCUGCUCUGACACUUUCGUUCCCAAUGACUGUACCUGCAAGGUUGGCAAACAGAUUAUUGAAUAUAUCACGUGUGGAGGGUCUUCACAUUGAUAUGACAUCUAUAUUGUUACUAUGUGAGCGAGCAGAAAAUGAUAUCCGAUCUUGUUUGAAUACACUUCAAUUUAUACGACAAAAAUCGAAAGAAGUUAAACCAGAAGACAUCAGUUCAAUGACAAUAGGUCAAAAAGAUUUAACAAAGGACUCAAGAAGAAUUGUUGCAGAAAUAUUUCAGCUUCCACACUUUAAUAAAAAAAAGUUAAGGAGCUCGAAUACAAACUCUUCUAGCAGGUUUCAGCACAUAUUACAGUUAGUUUCGGGAGAAUCUGAAUUAGACAAAAUUACACAAGGAUUGUUUGACCAUUAUUUAAACACAAAAACAAAAGAUCCAUAUUUGGAAUCUAUUAACUGUGGGUGUGAUUGGUUAGAGUUCACAGACUUUUUGGAAAAUAAAAUAUCAAGUCAACAAGAGUAUGUAUUUCUUCGUUAUAUGACUUUUCUUCCAGUUGCAUUUCAUAUGUAUUAUGCUCGAUCACUUUCACCAAAGAUUACAUAUUCUGCUACUGCUUAUGAGAACUACUUGAAGACUACACACAAUCAGCAAACAUAUCAGAUGAUGGUCAAUGGAAUGCCUUUACAAAUGAGAAAAGAUUGUUCUCUGAAUACUGGCAUACUUGAUUUAAUCCCGUUCUUAUUUUGCUUAACAGUACCUAAUUUACGUCCGGUCAAUACCCAAUUGUACAGUGAAAGUGAGAAGGAAAUGUUACAGAAUUUGAUUAACAUUAUGAUCUCCUACAAUCUGACUUAUCAUCAAGAAAGAAAUUUUGAAGGAGUGUACACUUACCAAUUAGAACCAAACAUUGAAGAAUUAACAACUUUUUCGGGUUUGCCACAGCAUCGUCAUCUUCCCUAUGCUACAAAACAGUUAAUUGCUAGAGAGAUAGAAAUGGAAAAAAUGAGAAGAGCUGAGUGUCUUACAAAACCACAAGGUUCUAUAAAUCAAAUUCAAGCCAAUUGUACUAAUUUAAAAUCCCUCUCAGAUGUAAAAGCUUCUAAGAUUAAAGUUGUGAAACAACAAACAUCAAAUACACGAACACAAUUAGACUUUUUUGGACGAACUUUUGUUGCAAAUAGUAAUUUAGAAAGCAAUGAUAAUAAAGAGGAGACUUUAAACAUUGAACAGAAGCAAAAGACGUGUUUGUUGAAUAAUACCGUAUUCUAUCGUUUCAAUGAAGGGUUUACAAAUGCUGUACGACGAACGGUGAAAACUCAUGAGUUUUUUUAGUAUAAACUAAAACUGUUAAUUGAAAAGACAAAUAAAAAUCA